AUGGCAACAUCACCACCACCACCACGUCAACCCAUCACAUUCACCGCCGCGGAUGGGGUCAAAUUAGCCGGUUUCCUAUAUCCAGGAGCAGAAGGAGAGAAACGUCCGACGAUAAUCAUGAGUCCUGGUAUGCCCGAAAGUAUAGAACCCUUCCUAACAGCCCUGGCCUCGAAAUUCCAAUCCCACGCCUACACAGUGCUCCUCUACAACAACCGCAACUGGUACACCUCUUCAGGCCACCCACGGAAUGAAACCGACCCCCUGCUCCAAACCCGCGACUACACAGCAGCGUUGAAUUUCUGCCUCGAUCUCCCCUGCUGCGAUCCCAAAAAAUGCAUCUUCUGGGGCGGAAGUCUCAGUGGAGCGAAUGCCAUUUCCGCCGCUGCGAUAGAUUCUCGGGCUUGUGCUGUGAUUGCUCUGGUGCCGACUGUGAGUGGGGAAUUUAUCACGCAGGCAUUGGGACCCAUGGGGAAAUUUAUUCUGGCGGAUAGUGUAGGGGUUACGGUUAAAGGGGUUGGGAGUCAGAGGUUUCCUGUUAGGGAUACGGUGAAUGAUUGUUGGGGCGGGGAGACGGGUUAUGGGGGGUAUUUGGAGGAGUGUUUGCGACUUGGGGGUGAGUGGGAGGAGGAGGCUACGACGAUGAGUAUGUUGUGGUUGCAGGCUAGUGCGCCGCAGAGUUUGAUUGCGAGGGUUAAAGGACGGGUGUUGAUGGUUAUUGCUGAGGAGGAUGUGGUUGUGCCGGUUCCUGCGCAGAGGGAGAUGUUUGGGUUGAUUGAGGGGAGGAAGGGGAAUGAGUUGAUGGUUGUGGRGGGUAAGGGGCAUUUUGAUGUUUAUUAUGGGGAGACGGGGGAGAUGGUUUUGGGGAAGAUGUUGGAGUUUUUGGGCGGGUUGUUUGGGUGA